UAAUAAAUAAAUAGAUAGGAGGGAUGGACUUGGAGACUCUCUGGCGCGCAAGCGCGAGAGAGAGAGAGAGAGAGAGAGCUCAGAGCUUCCUUCCAAUGGAUAUCAGCGCUGUAAUCUCCACCAUCAUCGUUCUCGUCCUCGCGGUUCUGUCACUUCCUCUCCUCAACACCUCCUACUGGUCGAACAUCCGAUCACUGCUGCCGUUCACGAUUGUUUCUCCUCUCGCGGAUUUGGUAGUCAAGAACGCCACCAUUUACACCAGCGAUGCUUCUCUCCCAUUCGCCGAUUCCAUGGCCAUCCGCAGCGGCAGGAUUCUCCGUGUCGGUAGCUACUCCUCCCUUCAGGACUUGGUGCAUUAUGGGACUGAAGAGUUGGAUGUUGGCGGGAAAGUUGUGGUUCCUGGAUUCAUUGACUCCCACGUGCACUUAAUUCCUGGAGGACUGCAGAUGGUUCGCGUUGAACUCCGAGGUGUUAGCCAAAAAGAUGAAUUUGUGAGAAGGAUCAAAGAAGCAGCAAGGAACUCAAAGCAUGGUUGUUGGAUUUUGGGAGGUGGAUGGAACAAUGAUCUUUGGGGUGGUGCACUGCCACUGGCAUCCUGGAUUGAUGAAAUUACACCUGACAAUCCUGUAUGGUUAACGAGGAUGGAUGGUCAUAUGGGCUUGGCUAAUUCAUUGGCCCUAAAGGCUGCUGGUGUUACAAAGUCAUCGGAAGAUCCGAAUGGAGGAACCAUCAUAAGAAACUCUGCUGGAGAGCCCAGUGGACUGCUGAUUGAUUCAGCGAUGGAACUUAUUCUGGCAUUGAUUCCUGAGGCUUCGGUGGAUGAAAGAAGGGUUGCUCUUCUGAGAGCCAGCAGGUAUGCUUUGACGAGGGGUGUGACAACAGUCAUUGAUUUUGGAAGAUACUUUCCUGGGGCAUCGAUGGAGUCUUCCUGGGAGGAUCUUUCAGAUGUGUUUCAAUGGGCAGAUUCUUCACGGAAGAUGAUGAUUAGGGUUUGCCUAUUCUUCCCACUUGGGACAUGGUCACGCUUAGCUGAUUUAAUUAGAAAAGGUGGUGCUUCUAUGAGUGAGUGGAUUCACUAUGGCGGUGUUAAGGCAUUUGCUGAUGGAUCUUUAGGCUCCGGCAGCGCACUUUUUCAUGAGCCUUAUGCUGAUGAGCCUCAGAAUCAUGGCCUAUGUGUUAUGGAAUCUGAUGUUCUUCUCAACAUGACAGCAGCAGCAGAUAAAUCCGGACUUCAGGUCGCAGUUCAUGCUAUAGGUGAUAAGGCAAAUGACUUGGUACUGGAUAUUUAUGAAUCAGUAGCAUCAACAAAUGGAGUAAGAGAUAGAAGAUUUAGGAUUGAGCAUGCACAGCAUUUGGCCCCAGGAGCAGCGGCCCAUUUUGGUCAACAAAGAGUUGUAGCUUCAGUGCAGCCAGACCACUUGCUGGAUGAUGCUGAUUCUGCUUUUAAGAAACUUGGUGAGGAAAGGGCUCAGCAUGGAUCUUAUCUUUUUCGCUCACUCCAAGAGAACAAGGCGAGAUUGGCUUUUGGUUCUGACUGGCCUGUCGUAGAUGUCAAUCCUCUUGGUAGCAUAAGAACAGCAAUGAAAAGAAUACCACCUGGUUGGGAAAAUGCUUGGAAUCCAUCAGAACGCGUUACAUUGGUAGAGGCAUUAGAUGCGUACACAAUUUCAGCUGCAUAUGCAUGCUUCCUUGACAAACACCUAGGCUCUCUAUCUCCUGGGAAGCUGGCAGAUUUUGUUAUACUGUCCACAGAUUCUUGGGAUGAAUUUGCUGCAGAAGGAUCUGCCUCAGUUAUCGCAACGUAUUUGGGCGGUGCAAAGGCAUAUCCUUGACUUGAGAAGCAGUCCAUGGCAGGUACAUCAAUGAAGUCGGUACUAGAGCAUUUAAAGUGAAAAUUGAGGAAGAAAGCUGUCGAGCAUGUAUCCUGGUCACAUCAUUAGAUAUAGUGGACAGAAAUUAUCCUUUGCUUGCUUAGAUGCAUCAUAUGUGGGUUCUGUAUUAUCUUUGAUUCUUCAUGACGAAUCAUGAUAAUUUCUGAAUCCAACGCUUUGAGGGCUCUGUGAUGCAGCUCAAAGAUUCAACUGGCAGUCAGUAUCAGCAGGUUAUAUGGAACUCGACCCUCUUAUCUGUUCUGGCUGAUCGAUAGUAGCCGUUCACAAUAUUUGAUGGCCACUUUUGUUUUAUUGAAAUGAAAUGUUCUACGAGUGGAUAUUACCCAUUCAGCAAAA